AUGCUGGCUGUUGGAUUGCUUUACCUGGGAUUAGUUUGUGCAAUAGAGAUUGUAGAUCCCACCAGAGCCAUUGAAGGCCAUCACACCCAGGUAUCACAGUGCCCUCCCAAUGAGUUUGAGUGUCGAGGAACAGAUGUGUGCAUUCACCUGAGCAAGCUUUGUGAUGGCGUCCCAGACUGCUCGGAUGGACGUGACGAGGGGCCGCACUGUCGAGAGUAUGCUCAUAACUGCACCAUCAUGGGCUGCCAGUACAACUGUUCAGUGACGCUGUUGGGUCCAAAGUGCUACUGCAGGAAUGGCUAUGAGGUGGGAGAAGAUGGAAAGAGAUGCAAAGACUUUAACGAGUGUGCAGUGUAUGGGACUUGCAGUCAGACAUGCACAAACACAGAUGGCUCCUACACCUGCAGCUGUGUGGAGGGCUACUUGCCUCAACCAGACAACCGUUCCUGCAAGGCCAAGAACGACCCUGUAGAUCGGCAUCCAUACCUCUUCAUAGCCAACUCGCAGAACAUCCAAGCCACCUCUCUAAGUGGAGCCAAUCCCAUCUCCAUCAACACCAAGCAGACCACUGCUAUGGACUUUAUCUACGCCCAGGAGACCGUGUGCUGGAUCCACAUGGGAGACUCCCCUGCAGCCACCCAACUCAAGUGUGCCAAAUUCCCCAGUGCCAAGAGCUUUACGGAGGAGAAGACCAUCAACAUCUCCCUCAGCGUGCACCAUGUGGAGCAGAUGGCUAUUGACUGGCUGACAGGAAACUUCUACUUUGUGGAUGAUGUGGACGACCGCAUUUUUGUGUGCAGUAAAGAUGGCUUAACCUGUGUCAUCCUGCUGGACCUGGAGCUCUAUAACCCUAAAGGAAUCGCACUGGACCCAGCCAUGGGGAAAGUGUUCUUCACAGACUACGGCCAAAUCCCGAAGGUAGAGCGCUGUGAUAUGGACGGCCAGAACCGCACCAAACUGGUAGACAGUAAAAUCGUCUUCCCUCACGGCAUCACUCUGGACUUGGUCAGCAAGCUGGUGUACUGGGCUGACGCUUACCUGGAUUACAUUGAGGUGGUGGACUACGAAGGCAAGAACCGGCACACCAUCAUUCAGGGAUUGCUGAUUGAACAUCUCUAUGGUCUAACAGUGUUUGAAAACUAUCUGUAUGCCACCAACUCUGACAAUGCCAACAUGCAGCCCAAAACCAGUGUGAUCAGAGUCAACAGAUUCAACAGUUCUGACUUCCAGGUGGUGACACGCGUAGAUAAGGGUGGCGCCCUUCACGUUUACCACCAGAGACGUCAACCUGCAGUCCGCAGUCACGCAUGUGCUCCGGAUCAGUUUGGGAAGCCAGGCGGCUGCUCUGAUAUCUGCCUGCUGGGUAACAGUCACAAGAGCCGAACGUGCCGCUGCCGUUCUGGUUUUAGCCUGGGCAGUGAUGGAAAGUCCUGCAAGAAACCAGAGCAUGAGCUCUUCCUGGUGUACGGUAAAGGCCGGCCUGGUGUCAUCCGUGGUAUGGACAUGCAUGCCAGGGUGUAUGAUGAGCACAUCAUCCCCAUCGAGAACCUGAAUAACCCAAGAGCCCUGGACUUCCACACUGAGACAGAAUUCAUCUAUUUCGCUGAUGCCACCAGCUACAUCAUCGGCCGCCAGAAGAUUGAUGGCACUGAGAGAGACAUCAUAGUGAAGGAUGGUAUUCAUACAGUAGAAGGUAUCGCUGUGGACUGGAUGGGGCAAAACCUGUAUUGGACUGAUGAUGGACCCAAAAAGACCAUCAGUGUGGCCAAACUGGAGAAAGCCUCUCAGACCUGCAAAACGCUUAUCGAGGGAAAGAUGACCCAUCCUAGAGCCAUAGUAGUAGACCCUUCUCAUGGAAUGAUGUACUGGAGUGACUGGGAGGAGGAGCCUAAAGAGACCAAUCGGGGCAGUAUAAAGAAGGCCUGGAUGGAUGGUUCAAAUGCUGGUAUCCUGCUUACUUCUAAAACUGUGCUCUGGCCCAAUGGCCUCAGCCUGGACAUCCAGCAGGGAAUCUUGUACUGGGUGGAUGCGUACUACGACCGCAUCGAGAUGGUGCUUCUCAACACCACAGAACGCAGGACGGUAUUUGAAGGACAGGAGCUGAACCAUCCCUUUGGCCUGUGUCACUAUAAGAACUUCCUGUUCUGGAAUGAGUACCGCAGUGGAGGAAUCUACAAACUGGACCAGAACACCAAGAAGGUCACGUUGCUACGCAGUGAACGACCACCAAUCUAUGAGAUUCGCACCUAUGACGCACAACAACAGCAAAUCACAGGCUCCAACGUGUGCCGUGCCAAUAAUGGUGGCUGCAGCAGUCUGUGUCUGCUGACACCCACUGGACGCUCCUGCGCCUGUGCCGACGACCAGAUACUAGAUACUGACAACAAGACCUGUAAAGCAAACCCUUCCUACGUGCCUCCUCCUCAGUGCCAGCCUGGAGAAUUUGCCUGUAAGAAUAAUCGCUGUAUUCAAGACCGCUGGAAGUGUGACGGGGACAAUGACUGUCUGGACAACAGCGAUGAGGCCCCCGAGUUGUGCCACCAGCACACCUGUCCCGCGGACCGCUUUAAGUGCCAGAAUAACCGUUGUAUCCCACUGCGCUGGCUUUGUGAUGGAGACAAUGACUGUGGGAAUGAUGAAGACGAAUCUAACAGCACCUGCUUGGCACGCACGUGUCCUUCUAAUCAGUACCCAUGUGCCAGUGGCCGUUGUAUUCCUGUCUCCUGGACUUGUGACCUGGAUGAUGAUUGUGGCGAUCGCUCAGAUGAACCACCAUCUUGUGCAUAUCCCACCUGUUUCCCACUCACUCAGUUCACUUGUGCCAAUGGACGCUGCAUCAAUGUCAACUGGCGUUGUGAUAAUGAUAAUGACUGUGGGGAUAACAGUGAUGAAGCCGGCUGCAGUCACUCGUGCUCCAGUGUGCAAUUUAAAUGCAAUAGCGGCCGCUGUAUUCCAGAGUACUGGACUUGUGAUGGAGACAACGACUGUGGAGAUUACAGCGAUGAGACUCAUGCCAACUGUACCAAUCAAGCCACGCGGCCUCCCGGCGGUUGCCACACGGAUGAGUUCCAGUGCCGAAUGGACGGUUUGUGUAUUCCUAUGCGAUGGCGCUGUGAUGGAGACACGGACUGCAUGGACCUCAGCGACGAGAAGAACUGCGAGGGCGUCACACAUAUGUGCGACCCUGCCGUCAAGUUUGCCUGCAAGGACUCGGCUCGCUGUAUCAGCAAGGCCUGGGUGUGUGACAGGGACAGCGAUUGCGAGGAUAACUCGGAUGAAGAAAACUGCGAGGCUCUUGAGUGCAAGCUCUCCCACCAUGUUUGUGCCAGCAACGACUCCAUCUGCCUACCUCCUGAGAAACUGUGCGACGGCAAUGACGACUGCCCCGAUGGCUCGGAUGAGAAGCUUUGCAAUCUUUGCACGAUGGAUAAUGGAGGAUGCAGCCACAACUGUACCAUUGCUCCUGGUGAGGGCAUCCUGUGCUCCUGCCCAGUUGGCAUGGAGCUGGGUACUGACAACAAGACCUGUCAGAUUCAGAGCUUCUGCGCCAAGCAUCUCAAGUGCAGCCAGCGCUGCAUGCAGGAGAAGGCCACUGUUAAGUGUGCCUGCUAUGAAGGCUGGGCGCUCGGGCCAGACGGCGAGAGCUGCAAGAGCACUGAUCCUUUCAAGCCCUUCAUCAUUUUCUCCAACCGGCAUGAGAUCCGUCGGAUUGACUUGUACAAGGGCGAGUUCAGCGUGCUGGUGCCUGGCCUGCGUAACACCAUUGCCCUGGAUUUCCACCUCAACCAGAGUGCCCUCUACUGGACCGAUGUGGUUGAAGACAAGAUCUAUCGGGGAAAGCUGUCGGAAAACGGAGCUCUCACCAGUUUUGAGGUGGUGAUUCAGUAUGGUUUGGCCACUCCAGAGGGUCUGGCUGUGGACUGGAUCGCAGGAAACAUCUACUGGGUGGAAAGUAACCUGGAUCAGAUCGAAGUGGCCAAGCUGGAUGGUACCAUGCGUACAACACUACUAGCCGGAGAAGUGGAGCAUCCGCGUGCCAUUGCACUUGACCCAAGAGAUGGUAUUCUGUUCUGGACAGACUGGGACGCCAGCUCCCCUAGGAUAGAGGCUGCAUCUAUGAGUGGGGAGGGCCGUCGCACCAUCCACAAAGAGACUGGGAACGGUGGCUGGCCCAACGGUCUCACUGUGGACUACCUAGAGCGCCGUAUCCUGUGGAUUGAUGCCAGAUCUGAUGCCAUCUACUCUGCCGCUUACGAUGGUUCCGGCCUAAUCGAGGUGCUUCGGGGUCAUGAACACUUAUCACAUCCCUUUGCCGUCACCAUGUAUGGAGGAGAGGUCUACUGGACGGACUGGCGGACCAACACUUUGGCUAAAGCCAAUAAAUGGACAGGACACAAUGUGACGGUGGUCCAAAGAACAAACACUCAGCCGUUUGAUCUUCAAGUGUUUCAUCCUUCUAGACAACCUCAGGCUCCCAACCCGUGUGCAGCGAAUGAUGGGAAAGGGCCGUGCUCUCACCUGUGCCUCAUCAACUACAACCAAACCUUUUCCUGUGCCUGUCCACACCUCAUGAAACUCAAGGCAGACAAGCACACCUGCUACGAGUACCGUCAGUUCCUGCUGUACGCUCGUCAGAUUGAAAUCAGAGGGGUGGACAUAGAUAAUCCCUAUUACAACUACAUCAUCUCUUUCACUGUCCCUGACAUCGACAAUGUUACAGUGGUGGAUUAUGAUGCUCUGGAGCACCGCAUCUACUGGUCUGAUGUUCGCACUCAGACGAUCAAAAGAGCCUUCAUCAAUGGGACUGGUGUGGAGACGGUGGUAUCAGCUGACCUCCAUAAUGCUCAGGGUCUAGCUGUAGACUGGGUCUCCAGAAACCUCUUCUGGACCAGCUAUGAUACGAAUAAGAAGCAGAUCAAUGUUGCACGCCUAGACGGGUCCUUCAAGAAUGCUGUAAUCCAUGGACUGGACAAGCCUCACUGUUUGGUGCUACAUCCUAUCCUGGGGAAGCUCUACUGGCUUGAUGGUGACAACAUCAGUAUGGCCAACAUGGACGGCACCAACCACACAUUACUGUUCACCAAUCAGAAAGGCCCAGUGGGUCUGUCCAUAGACUUUGACAUGGAGCAGUUGUACUGGAUCAGCUCAGGGAACAGCACCAUUAACCGCUGUAAGCUGGAUGGUUCCGGACUGGAGAUCAUUGAGGGUGUUAAAGGAAAACUCACCAAAGCUACAGCCCUCGCUAUCAUGGGAGAUAAGUUGUGGUGGGCCGAUCAGGGCACAGAUCAGAUCGGUACAUGUGAUAAGAGUGAUGGAGGCAACUGGAAGGUUCUCCGAAAUAAUACCUCACCCAUGAUGCAUAUGAAGAUCUACAAUGAGACUGUUCAUCAACUAGGUACCAACCUCUGCAGUAAGAACAAUGGCGACUGCUCUCAGCUUUGCUUGCCAACUUCACCAACUACAAGAGCCUGCAUGUGUACGGCUGGAUAUAGUCUGAAGAGUGGCCAACAGUCCUGUGAAGGCAUGGGCUCGUUUUUGCUCUACUCUGUGCACGAGGGCAUCCGUGGCAUCCCUCUGGACCCGUCAGAUAAAUCUGAUGCCCUGGUACCUGUGUCAGGCACCUCUCUUGCUGUGGGCAUUGACUUCCAUGCUGAGAAUGACACCAUCUACUGGGUUGACAUGGGCCUUAGCACUAUUAGCCGAGCCAAGAGAGACCAGACCUGGAGGGAGGACAUAGUGACCAAUGGCAUUGGACGUGUGGAAGGCAUCACCGUGGACUGGAUUGCAGGCAACAUCUAUUGGACUGAUCAAGGCUUUGAUGUGAUUGAGGUGGCCAGACUCAACGGCUCCUUCCGCUAUGUGGUCAUCUCUCAGGGUCUGGACAAACCUCGUGCCAUUGCUGUACAUCCAGAGAAAGGGUAUCUGUUCUGGACGGAGUGGGGUCAGUAUCCGCGUAUUGAAAGAUCUCGUUUGGAUGGUUCUGAAAGAGUAGUUCUUGUCAAUGUCAGCAUCAGCUGGCCCAAUGGCAUCUCCAUUGAUUACAAGGAGAGCCUGCUAUAUUGGUGUGAUGCACGUACAGACAAAAUUGAGCGCAUAAAUCUGGAGACUGGAGAAAACCGUGAGCUGGUGCUGUCUAGUAACAACAUGGACAUGUUUGCUGUUUCUGUGUUUGAGGACUACAUCUACUGGAGUGACAGGACGCAUGCCAAUGGCUCCAUCAAGAGAGGAAACAAGGACAAUGCCACAGACAUGGUGUAUCUGAGAACAGGCAUUGGUGUACAGCUCAAAGACAUUAAAGUCUUCAACCGUGCAAGACAGCAAGGUACCAACAUUUGUAAAGUGAACAAUGGUGGUUGUGAACAGCUGUGUCUGUACCGGGGUAAUGGCAAUCGUACCUGCGCCUGUGCCCACGGCAUGCUGGCAGAGGACAGCCACAGCUGCAGGGAUUACGAUGGCUACCUCCUCUACUCGGAGCGCACGAUACUAAAGAGCAUUCACCUAUCGGAUGAAACAAACCUCAAUGCUCCCAUUAAACCCUUUGAAGACCCAGAGCACAUGAAGAAUGUCAUCGCCCUUACCUUUGACUACAGGGGUGGCGGUGGAAAGGGAGCCAACCGGAUCUUCUACAGCGACAUUCACUUUGGUAACAUUCAGCAUAUCAGCGAUGAUGGCUCUGACCGCAAGACCAUAGUGGAGAGUGUAGGAUCAAUUGAAGGUUUGGCUUAUCACCGGGGUUGGGACACACUUUACUGGACCAGCUACACCACCUCCACCAUUACACGGCACACUGUGGACCAGAGUCGCACUGGAGCUUUUGACAGAGACACUGUGGUCACUAUGUCCGGGGAUGACCACCCCAGAGCCUUUGUUCUGGAUGAAUGCCAAGACUUGAUGUUCUGGACUAACUGGAAUGAACAGACUCCAAGUAUCAUGCGAGCGUCUCUUUCAGGAGCGAAUGUCCUUGUGAUCAUCGGCAGUAACAUCCGCACCCCGAACGGCCUGGCCAUCGACCACCGUGCUGAGAAAAUCUAUUUCUCAGAUGCCACAUUUGACAAGAUUGAGCGAUGCGAGUAUGAUGGCAGUCGACGCUUCGUGGUGCUAAAGAACGAGCCAGUGCAUCCUUUCGGUUUGGCGGUGUAUGGUGACUAUAUCUUCUGGACAGACUGGGUGCGCAGAGCUGUGCUCAGAGCUAAUAAAUACGGCACAGAUAUGAAAGUCCUACGUGCCGACAUUCCUCAACAGCCAAUGGGCAUCAUUGCUGUGGCCAAAGACACCAAUAGCUGUGAAUUUUCUCCAUGUCUCAUCAAUAAUGGAGGCUGUCAGGACCUGUGUCUGCUCACUUCAGAAGGACGAGUCAACUGCAGCUGCCGUGGAGAGCGCAAACUACUGGGAGACAACACCUGUGUUGCGGAGAACACAACCUGCAACAGCGUGGAUGAGUUUGAAUGUGGAAACGGCGACUGUAUCGAGUACAGCCUGACUUGUGACAGUCUCGGCCACUGCAAGGACAAGUCUGAUGAGAAGCAGUCCUACUGCGCGAACCGCAUGUGUAAGAAGGGCUACCGGCGCUGCAUUAAUGGACGAUGUAUCAAACACAGCUCUUGGUGUGACGGCACUGAUGACUGUGGAGACGGUUCAGAUGAGCUGCCAUGCAACAUGACUCUGUGCAGUGCUGCUGAGUUCCAGUGCAAAGACGGUUCCUGCAUCACUAACUCUAGUCGCUGUAAUCAGGUGGUGGACUGUGAGGACGCCAGUGAUGAGAUGAACUGCAGCCCCACUGACUGCUCCAGUUACUAUCUGCUUGGAGUGAAGGGCGAGACCUUUGAGCAGUGUGAGUUCACUACACUCUGCUACGCCCCCUCCUGGCGCUGUGAUGGCUCCAAUGACUGCGGAGACUUCUCCGAUGAAAGAAACUGUCCCGAGAAAAGGAAGUAUAAUUGUCCACUGUUUAAGACGAAGACUUGCAGUCCAGAGGCAUUCCAGUGUCCUGGCUCUCACAUGUGUAUUUCUCAACGCUGGAAGUGUGACGGGGACAAGGACUGUCCUGAUGGUGCAGAUGAGGGCAUUAAGGCUGGUUGUGUGUUCAAUAAGACCUGUGAUGACUCAGAGUUCCAGUGUCAGAAUUAUCAGUGUAUUCCCAAAAACUUCAUGUGUGAUCAUGACAUUGACUGCCGCGAUGGCUCUGAUGAAUCGCCCGAGUGUGAAUAUCCCACAUGCGGGCCGAAUGAUUUCCGCUGUGCUAAUGGCCAGUGCCUGAAGCAGAAGAACUGGGAGUGUGAUGGAGAGUUUGACUGUAGAGACCAAUCAGAUGAAGCUCCCAAAAACCCACUUUGCACAGACUCAGUGCCACAUAUUGGCCGCAUCGGCAUGGAUGGCACAGAUCGCCACAUCAUCAUUCAAGAUAAGAUCACAUGGCCGAACGGCUUGACGCUAGAUUUUAUUAAUGACCGCAUCUACUGGGCAGACGCUCGUGAAGACUACAUUGCUUUUUCCAGCCUGGAUGGAUCCAACAGACACAUUGUGCUGAAUCAAGACAUCCCUCAUAUCUUUGCUAUGACUCUAUUUGAGGAGUACAUCUACUGGACCGACUGGGAGACCAAGUCCAUUAACAGAGCUCACAAAACCCUGGGCACCAACAAGACCAUGUUGAUUAGCACCCUGCACAGACCCAUGGACUUACACAUCUAUCAUCCCUCCAGACAACCUGAGGUGUCAGGUCACCCGUGUCAGGUGGAUAAUGGUGGCUGCAGUAACCUGUGUUUGCUCUCACCUGGAGGAGGCUACAAGUGUGCCUGUCCCACCAACUUCUAUCUGGCUGCUGAUGGAAAACAGUGCUUGUCCAACUGUACAGCCAGUCAGUUUGUCUGCAAGAAUGAUAAGUGCAUUCCCUUCUGGUGGAAGUGUGAUACUGAGGAUGACUGUGGAGACCGCUCAGAUGAACCUGCCGAUUGCCCCGAGUUUAAAUGCAGACCAGGCCAGUUCCAGUGUGGCACAGGUCUCUGCACCAACCCGGCUUACAUCUGUGAUGGAGACAACGACUGCCAGGACAACUCUGAUGAAGCCAACUGUGACAUCCACGUUUGCCUGCCCAGUCAGUUUAAGUGCUCGCAUCCUAGCCGCUGUAUCCCUGGAAUCUUGCGUUGUAACGGUCAGAACAACUGCGGCCAGGGAGAAGAUGAAAAGGACUGCCCUGAGGUGACCUGUGCUCCUAACCAGUUCCAGUGUGCCAUCACCAAACGCUGUAUACCACGAGUCUGGGUGUGCGAUAGAGACUACGACUGCGUGGACGAAUCCGACGAACCGGCCAACUGCACUCAGAUGAAGUGCGGUGUGGAUGAGUUCCUCUGUAAGGACUCGGGCCGCUGUAUCCCGUCCCGUUGGACAUGUGAUGGAGAGGACGAUUGUGGAGAUGGCUCAGAUGAACCCAAAGAGGAGUGUGAUGAGAGAACAUGUGAGCCGUACCAAUUCCGCUGUAAGAACAACCGCUGCGUGCCGGGCCGCUGGCAAUGUGACUAUGACAAUGACUGUGGCGAUAACUCAGAUGAGGAGAAGUGCGUGCCACGUCAGUGCUCUGAAAGUGAGUUUGCCUGCACUAACGGCCGUUGUAUUGCUGGGAGGUGGAAGUGUGAUGGAGAUCAUGACUGUUCAGAUGGAUCUGAUGAGCAUGGCUGUGAUCUGAAGUGUGAGGAGGAUCAAUUCCAGUGUAAGAAUGGUCACUGUAUCCCACUUCGCUGGCACUGUGACGCUGAUGCUGACUGUAUUGAUGGCAGUGAUGAAGCGAGUUGUGAUAUUUCUGUGGCACGGCACUGCCCCAAUGAUGAGUUCCAGUGUAAUAACACUCUGUGUAAGCCGCUGUCCUGGAAGUGUGACGGGGAGGAUGACUGUGGAGAUAACUCCGAUGAGAACCCUGAGGAAUGCAGAAACUUCCAGUGCCCACCCACUAGAAAUUUCCGUUGUCGGAAUAAUCGCGUAUGUCUCAGGAGUGGCAAGCGCUGUGAUGGUGUGGACAACUGCGGAGACAAUUCAGAUGAGACCAACUGUGGAGACCACACAUCCACAUGCGAUAAAGACCAGUUCAAGUGCAGCAAUGGCAAAUGCAUCAGUGCCAACCUGCGGUGCAACUUCUUUAAUGACUGUGAAGAUUACGGAUCAGAUGAGAUUGGCUGCAAGACAGACACCAUGCUGAAUGACUGUAAGAGUAACAAAUCUCUAUGUGGAGAUGGUGAUGAGGCUCACUGCAUUUCCAACGGCACAGACACAUUCUGCUCCUGCAAACAGGGUUUCCAGAACGUUGGACACAACACCUGUGAAGAUAAGAAUGAGUGCAAGCAGUUUGGUAUGUGUUCUCACAUAUGUAACAACACCAAAGGCUCCUACAAGUGCAGCUGCCACAAAUACUUCACCAGGAUUAACAACACAUGCAAGGCUGACAGUCAAAACAUUAGUAAACAGGUCCUCUACAUUGCGGAUGAUAACGAGAUCCGCAGUCUAAAUCUUGAUAUGCGCAAGUGGGUUUAUGAGCAGACAUUCCAGGGCGACGCCAACGUGCGCAUCGAUGCCAUGGACUUGCACGUCAAGACCAACCGCAUUUUCUGGACCAAUUGGCACACGUCUGGCAUUUCCUGCUUCCAGCUGCCAUCUCCAUCCUCACCGUCAGGUCCUAUGUCUAACUCUCACCGCAACACGAGGCAGAGCGAGGGCAGUGUCACCAACCUCGAUAUUCCAGGUUUGAAGAUGCCACGUGGAAUCGCGGUAGACUGGGUGGCUGGUAACCUCUACUGGACCGAUUCGGGACGUGAUGUGAUCGAGGUUGCUCAGAUUUCAGGCCAGCACAGGAAGACACUGAUUUCUGGCAUGAUUGAUGAGCCUUAUGCCAUUGUAGUGGAUCCUCAGAGAGGAACCAUGUACUGGACUGAUUGGGGGAAUCAUCCAAAGAUUGAGACGGCAGCCAUGGAUGGGACACUCAGACAAACCCUGGUCCAUGAGAACAUCCAAUGGCCUACAGGUCUUGCAGUGGACUACUUCAAUGAGCGUCUGUACUGGGCAGAUGUCAAGCUCUCUAUGAUUGGCAGUGUGCGUUUGGAUGGCUCUGACCCUGUAGUGGCUGUAUCCAACAUCAAAAACAACCUCCUCCACCCCUUCAGCAUUGAUAUCUUUGAGGAUUACAUUUAUGGUGUUACCUACACCAAUAACUUUGUCUUCCGGGUUAACAAGUUUGGCAAAGGUCAGGCGGAGAAUCUGACCACUGGCAUCAACCACGCAACUGACAUAGUCCUAUAUCACCGCUACAAACAGCCUGAGAUGACUAACCCAUGUGAUAGGAAGAAGUGUGAAUGGUUGUGUUUACUCAGUCCCAGUGGGCCAGUGUGCACCUGCCCUAAUGACCACAUCCCUGACAACGGUACCUGUACAGAGGUGCCACCAGCGACCCAGUCCCCCUUCACUCCUACAUGUAAUGUUCAGUGCCAGAAUGGUGGCAGCUGUUUCCUCAACGCAUGGAACCAGCCCAAAUGUCGCUGCCCCACCAGUUACAGUGGACAACGCUGUGAAAUCAACCAGUGCAGAGACUACUGUCAGAACGGAGGAACCUGCUCCCCGUCACGCACAGGUGCUCCUACCUGCCGCUGUCAGACUAGCUUCACUGGCCCCAAAUGUAACCUUCAUGUUUGCAACAACUACUGCCAGAAUGGGGGCAACUGCACUGUCAACCAGGGCAACCAGCCAACCUGCCAUUGUCCAAAGGGCUUCUUGGGUGACCAGUGCCAGUACAGUCAUUGUGAGGACUUCUGUAAGAAUGGAGGUACUUGUAUGGAGAUGAUGGACGGCACUAAACAUUGCCAGUGUUCUGAGUCGUACUUUGGUCCGCAAUGUGAGCUGAACAAGUGUGAAUACUGUGGCACGGGCAAGUGUGAAGUGCUAGGCAGUGGGAUAACAUGCAAAUGCGCUAAUGACAUCCAGGGGCCUACGUGCUACACCUGUGAUGACUUCUGCAUUGAGGGCCAGUGUUCUGUAGACCCUCAUACUAUGCUGCCACAGUGCAGGUGUCACACAGGCUGGUCAGGUUUCCGCUGUGAGCUCAAUGUCGCCCCUGUUCAAAACUCAGACUCUGGAAGUACUCCAUCAGUCGUCAUCCCAGUGGUGUUACUGCUCUUACUUGCACUGUUAGUGGUUGGUGCCAUCUUGUGGUACAAGAAGAGAAUGCGUGGCGCUAAAGGAUUCCAGCACCAGAGGAUGACCAACGGAGCCAUGAACGUUGAGAUCGGGAACCCGGCGUACAAGAUUUACGAAGGAGAGCCUGACGAUGACGCAGGGGAGCUGCUGGACUCUGAGUUCGCUCUGGAUCCAGAUAAGCCCACAAACUUCACCAACCCCGUCUACGCCACACUCUACUUGGGCGCCCAUAACAGCCGUAACUCUCUGGCCAGCACAGACGAGAAGAAAGAGCUGCUGUCUGCAGGAGACGACGACAUGGGAGACCCGCUGGCGUAGAGUCACGGCCGGAUGCCUGCCCUCACGCAGACCGUUAUGCCUUUACAUGUCAAAGGAAAAGCAACAAGAGCAGGAACACUGUACAAAAUGUAAAAAAAAAAAAAAAAAAAAGACAAAAAUUAAGGACACUUUUGUAUGUGAUCGCAGUAUUAUAUUUUAUUCUUCGAGAAAUCCUUCUGGUCAACAAAAGAAAGCAUUUUCUAUACAUAUAUUUUUUCUUUCCUUUUCCAGUUUUUUUUUUUCUUUUUUAGACGUUUGCAUACCUAAUUUCUCACCCUUCCCCUCCAUUUAGCCACUACCUCUGUGCUCAACAAGAUGCCAACAACAAUAUGGGAAAUCAGUUUUUUUUUUUUUUUUUGGUUUUAAGUUUAUUUUUGUAUGAAUUGUAUAGAGAUCAAUGUUUCUUUUAGGAAAAGCAAAAUUGCCAAGUGUUGCUAAUGAAAUGUAAGGGAGGGGGGCACGGCCGACUGAAUGAUACUGAUGCUGACUCGGCCCGUGUGUGAUUUCAGAUGGCUGAGAACGAAUAUGCGUGCGUGAGUGUUGCGAGACGUGGACGAGUCAGCAUCGCUUUUAUUUCUAUACUGUUAUCUCAGAGAACAACGCUUACGAUGAUUGUCAUACUCCUUGCACAGAUUGAUUUUAUAUAUAUUUACAUAAACAAUUAACAAAGUGUCUUGACAAAUAUACCCAGGAAUACAAGCAGACACCCGUACGAAUAGCAGUAUAAUAACUGUCUUUGUUUUAGCUUUGUUUUUUUAACGGAUGAAAAGAUGUGGAUUGAAUGAACGAUUGAGUGAAUCCAAACGGAUGGUAAAUGUAAGGUCAUUCCAGAACUGUUUCCAGGGUAUCAGUGGCCUUGGUAUGUACGCAAGCGGUACGUCCAAAGGAUGUGGGCCUCAUCUGACGCCAUGUCUUCCAGUACGCCGGAAACAGCCAGGAGAAACACGCAGAUGAUUGUCGUCUGCUCUCGGUCGGUGUGGAUUCGACAGAACCGCUCCAUACCACUUCAGUGGAAGCUGUAUGUCACUUUUAGUUCACUAGUUUGUCUUAUGGACUUUAUGCUCAGUGUAAGUGCAUUCCUGUGAGGUUCGUGUGGAUCCAGUAAUAACUCACUGCCUUGCUGCUACUCUUCCCAUCAUUCUCAUCUGCCUGACCAGUAGAGAGACUCGGCCAACCCUGCUUGCGGCCGAACGUCCACUGCUUCUAAUGGAGGUAACCCGUAGGCUAAUGCAUGGAUCCAACAGCUCAUAAAGACUAGCGUCGGCUCAACAGAUACAUGUCAACAGUAUUCAUCCGAGCAUCUGGACUUAACGUAAAGUGUCUGCUCUGUUUACGAUCAAAUGUAAUUUAGUACGGCCCUCGGUGGCCUUUUACUGUCACAGAUGACUAGUGUCACAACCCUGCAACAGUUUCUGUAGUUUUGUUGGUUAAUUUUUUUUUUUUUUAUAUAUAUAUACAAAAUAAUUAAACUGCUUUUUAUAG